GGGCUCGGGGUCGAGAAGCACUGUAGAGAGGAAACUGGUCUGUGACAGGCUCUCCUGAAUCGUGAGGGUGUGCCCUUCCUCCUUACCUUUGCGGCCUUAUUCCUCAGGCUCCGUGGUCCUCUUCAGGGUCCUGUCGAGGGACUUCCAAGUCCGAAACCUUUGGGGAGGAACCACGCUUCUGGGAACAUCUAGGUUGUGCCCCGCGUUAGAGGUAUUUGGUUUCUUCGAGCAUUUGUACAAUCAGACAUUUAGAAAUGGCAUCCAAACAAGAAAUAAUGAGUGACCAGCGGUUUAGGCGGGUUACAAAGGACCCGAGAUUUUGGGAAAUGCCAGAAAAGGAUAGAAAAGUCAAAAUUGACAAGAGAUUUCGAGCAAUGUUUCAUGACAAAAAGUUCAAGUUGAAUUAUGCUGUGGAUAAAAGAGGACGCCCCAUCAAACAUAGCACUACCGAAGAUUUGAAACGUUUUUACGACCUUUCAGAUUCUGAUUCAGAUCUAUCUGAUGAAGAUAAUAACAAAGCACUGAACCAAAAGAAAGUGAAGAAAAAAAAAAUCCAGCCUAAAAAUGAAAUAGAGUCAAAAAAUCUAGUUGAGAAAAAGAAAGAAACCAGAAAAGUUAAUCAGAAGGAUUCUGGAAAUAAAACUGAUUUAGAUAACUCUGACAGGAUUCAGAAAAUGAAAACCUCAUACAAAUCUAAGAAGGCUGAUUCAAAAAUAAGCCCCAAGAACGAUAGUGAAGAAUUUACACAGAACGGUACAAAAGGAAAAAAAAACAUUGUUCAACAUCGUACAGACUCAUGUCCGAAAGGAAAACUAAGAACAGUAGAUGUGAACACCUCUGAAAUUGUGAAAUCUCCCAAAGUCAAAUAUUCUGAGACACGAAGAGAAAUGCAUUCAGUGGUUCCACUCAUAAGGGAUGAUGAUUAUGAAAACUCAUUGGGUGGUAAAAUGUUUGACAGAGAUGCUCUGGAGGAAGAUUCAGGAAGUGCUAGUGAAAUAGAAGAUGAUGAAGAAUCUGAAGAUGGGAUUAUAAGCACUUGUGGAGCUUCAGCUACUGCUGAUGAUGAUGGAAAUGAAAAUGAUGGGGAGGAGUAUGAAGACGAGGAUACUACUGCUGAUGAUGAUGGAAAUGAAAAUGAUGGGGAGGAGUAUGAAGACGAGGAUAGUGAGGAGGAGGAUGAAAGUGACAGUGGCCCUGAUCUUGCAAGGGGCAAAGGAAAUAUAGAAACUAGUUCUGAAGAUGAAGAAGAUAUGGCAGAUUUACUGCCAGAGGAAUCUGGAUUUGAGCAUGCUUGGAGAGAAUUAGAUAAAGAUGCUCCUCGGGCUGAUGAGAUUACACAUCGAUUAGCAGUUUGCAACAUGGACUGGGAUAGACUAAAGGCAAAAGACUUGCUGGCUCUGUUCAAUUCAUUUAAACCUAAAGGAGGUGUGAUAUUUUCUGUAAAGAUAUAUCCUUCAGAAUUUGGAAAGGAAAGGAUGAAGGAAGAGCAAGUUCAAGGACCAGUAGAGUUAUUAAGUAUUCCUGAAGAUGCUCCUGAAAAGGACUGGACCUCUAGAGAAAAAUUGAGAGAUUAUCAGUUCAAACGACUGAAGUACUAUUAUGCAAUAGUAGACUGUGAUUCUCCUGAAACAGCCAGUAAAAUUUAUGAGGAUUGUGAUGGCCUGGAAUUUGAAAGUAGUUGUUCUUUCAUAGAUCUAAGGUUUAUACCAGAUGAUACUACUUUUGAUGAAGAGCCCAAGGACGUAGCCUCAGAAGUAGAUUUAACAGCAUAUAAACCAAAAUAUUUCACAUCUGCUGCAAUGGGAACAUCAACGGUGGAGAUUACUUGGGAUGAGACUGAUCAUGACAGAAUCACAAUACUCAACAGGAAGUUUAAGAAGGAAGAGCUUUUGGACAUGGAUUUUCAAGCCUACUUAGCUUCCUCUAGUGAAGAUGAAGAAGAGAUGGAAGAAGAGCUACAAGGUGAUGAUGGAGUCAUUGUAGAAAACAAUGGCAAGACAAAGAAAAGUCAGAAGGAUGAUGAUGAACAAAUUGCUAAAUACAGGCAGCUCUUGCAAGGUAUUCAAGAAAAAGAAAAGAAAGGCAAAGAAAACGAUAUGGAAAUGGAAAUUAAGUGGGUUCCAGGUCUUAAAGAAAGUGCAGAAGAGAUGGUCAAAAACAAAUUGGAAGGAAAGGAUAAACUGACCCCUUGGGAACAGUUUUUAGAGAAGAAGAAAGAGAAAAAAAGACUGAAAAAGAAACAGAAGGCUCUUGUUGAAGACACCAGUGAAGAUGAACUUCCUCCUGAUGUUGAUUUAAGUGACCCAUAUUUUGCUGAAGAAGUUAAAAAAAUGGGUAUAAAAGAAAAGAAAAAACCAAUGAACUCUGCAAAAGAUAGCACAUCUCCAGAGGAAGAAGCUGAAAUUGAAAGACAAAAGGCUGAAAUGGCUUUGCUCAUGAUGGAUGAGGAGGAAGAAAGCAAAAAACACUUCAAUUACAACAAGAUUGUGGAGCACCAAAAUCUGAGCAAAAAGAAGAAAAAACAGCUUAUGAAAAAGAAGGAAUUAUUAGAGGAUGACUUUGAGGUAAAUGUUAAGGAUGCACGGUUUCAGGCAAUGUAUACUUCCCACUUGUUCAAUUUGGAUCCUUCAGAUCCUAAUUUCAAGAAAACAAAAGCUAUGGAAAAAAUUCUUGAGGAGAAAGCCCGGCAGAGAGAACAAAAAGAACAAGAACUUACUCAGGCAAUAAAGAAAAAAGAAAGUGAAACUCAAAAGGAGUCACAAAAGAGGUCCAUAGAUCCUGCCUUGUCAAUGUUGAUUAAAUCUAUAAAAAACAAAACAGAGCAGUUUCAAGCAAGAAAAAAACAAAAAGUCAAAUAGCUGUAUGUUGUUUCUUUUUGGAUUGAGGAUGUGUUUUCCUAACGUAUAUGGAAGUGUUAGGAAGAAUUGGCAACAAAGCUACCUUUCAAGAAUAUGAAUAAAUCUUAACUCUGAUCAUUGUCAAAUCUCUCUCCAUAUGUAACAGUUAGACCUAAUUGUGGAUGACUGACAGAUUUGCACUAUGUAACCACAGUUAACUACAAUUAAUUCAAUUGAUCUGAAUAAGAUUUGUAAGUUUUUUUAUGUUUUAUGAAAUCAGUUCAUACUAAUAGAAAUCACUCUGUUGGUUGGCUUAUAUUAAAGAGUGUUUACAAUUCUAUGUAAAAAAUAGAGAAGUGCCUAGUCUCAGGUCUGAGUAAGAGUUAGGAACAAUUUGAAAAUAUAUAUCUAAUAGAUUAAUUUCUCUAGAAACAAAAGGCAGGUUUAGCUAUCUAUUUAAAUAAUCUAUUUUUCUUGCUAUAACUGAUCAAAGUCAUAACUUUCUUUGUUGUUCAGUCAUGUUUGUUACCAUUUGUUUAUGAAAUUAGUUUGUAAAUAAAAGUGUAAAAAAUUUU